AUGGGGGACAACCAGUCAUGGUUCCCAGAACUCAUCUUGGUGGGAUUCCAGCUCAGUGCAGAUAUGGAAGUGGUUCUCUUCUGUGUCUUCUCCCUGCUGUAUGUCUCUAACCUGCUGGCAAAUGGCAUGAUCUUGGGGCUCAUCUGGCUGGACGUCAGACUGCACACCCCCAUGUACUUCUUCCUCUCUCAUCUGGCUGUCAUUGACAUAUGCUAUGCCUCCAGCAAUUUGCCCAAAUUAAUGGAAAACCUAUUGUUUUUGUAUUUGGCUUUUGUUUGUACAGAGGCCAUGAUUUUGGUGGUGAUGUCCUAUGACAGGUACGUGGCCAUCUGCCAUCCUCUCCACUAUAUGGUGAUCAUGACCUGGAGACUAUGCAAGGUGCUAGCCAUCACCUCCUGGGCUUGUGGUUUUUCUCUUGCCUUAGGAGAUCUGAUUGUCUUUCUGAGAUUGCCCUACUGUGGGUCCCAGGAGGUGAAUUUCAUCUUCUGCGAAGUCCAAGCUGUCAUCAAAAUGGCCUGUGGGGACAGUUGGUUCAACAAACUUUAUAUCCUUUCUUCUGCUGCAUUCAUCAUAACAGGGCCCUUUUUCUUGAUGCUGGUCUCCUACAUGCGCAUCGUCUUGGCCAUCCUGAAGAUCAAGUCAAAUGAGGGCCGCAAAAAGGCUUUCUCCACCUGCUCCUCCCACCUCUGUGUGGUUGGGUUCUACUUUGGCAUUGCCAUGAUAAUGUACUUGGUCCCAGACAAUGGGACCAAGAAUGAGCAGAAGAAAAUCCUUUCCCUAUUUUAUGACCUCUUCAACCCAUUGCUGAACCCCCUGAUCUACAGCCUGAGGAAUGCUCAAGUGAAGGCUGCCUUCUACAGAGUAGUGCAGAAACAGAGGAUAUCAUGA